AUGUCGACAGUACUCAACGCCACCUCCCCAUCAGCCGACCUCGAUGACCAUGAUGCCAUGAUAUUGGAGUAUAUCGAUGAAGAGCACAUCAUUGCUCUCAAUCUCCUACCACACCUAUUCCCAAGGACGGGUGCCCAGCCCACCAUCCAGCAAGACUUGUCCAGGAUCCCACCCACAAGCUCCCUGAGUACACAACCAAUUACGACAGAAGAUGCGGAUGCCCAGAAUGCCGAUGUGGCUAUGGCAGCGGGCUUGGUCGCCACUACGACGUCGGCAUACCCAUUUGCCGUUUCCGACCAUGAGGGGCAGAGCAUCGUGCCCACCAUGAAUGGCCCCGUGGGUGGCAAUACCAUCGACGACGCCGCUGUACACGCGACGACGCCUCUCGCGGUACUGGACCACUUCGAGGAGUGGAGGGCUUACAUGGACAACCUUGGACAAUCCCGUAAUGCCCCGUCAGACAGUGGCACAUGGAUCAACAUAGAUGCGAGCGACGUCGAUCUUGUCACACCUCUGAUGGCGGCCGGGUUGGAGGAAACCGCUUGA